AUUCGCGCUUAUAUGAGUAACCGUUCGAACAUAACCGAACAUUACCGAAGAUUUCCGAUCGAUAAAGGAAGUGAUAGUCUGCUGCUGUUUAAUGUGAAGCUUAGUGGAUAAACGCAAAUUUAGAAUAAAUUGCUAAUCGUUUCUAUAACCCACCUGUUGGAUGUUCUGACACCUGUUUCCAAUUCUAUGAACUUUCAGUCUUCUAACAGAUAUGGAGCAAACGGAACAACAACAACAACCACCAUCACCUAUAAAUAAACCUGAAGGAUUUACAUUUUUAUUUACAAUUUUAGAAUUGACAGGAGCUGUGCUUAUUAUUUUAAUGAUAGUAUGGAUUACCGAAUUUAGAGGUGGUUUCUCUUGGACAUCUAAUCCAAGUCUUGAAUUCAAUUGGCAUCCUUUGUUAAUGACUAUUGGAUUUGUUGUUCUUUAUGCUAAUGCUAUGCUUAUAUACAGAACACAAAGGAACGUUCGAAAAAGGCGAUUGAAAUUAAUGCACACUGGAUUGAUGGUACUUACAAUUUUACUGACAGUAAUUGCAUUAGUUGCAGUCUUUGAUAGUCAUAAUUUAAAAGAUCCACCCGUACCAAACAUGUAUACUUUACAUAGUUGGAUAGGAUUAACAAGUGUAAUAUUGUUUUGUUGCCAACUGCUCGCAGGUUUUAUUACUUUUCUUUAUCCUGGUUUACAUGAAUCAUUACGGUCAUCUUAUAUGCCAAUACACGUUUACUUUGGUAUAGCAACUUUUGUUGGAAGUAUUGCUGCCUGUUUAAUAGGACUUAAUGAAAAAGCAUUCUUUUCUGUAAAGAAUUAUCAAGAUUUUCCUUCCGAAGGAAUUUUGAUAAACAGUAUCGGACUAUUUUUGGUUAUUUUUGGAGCAUUAGCAGUAUAUUUAGUAUCGCAGGGACAAUAUAAACGUUUACCUAGACCUGAAGAUAAUCUGUUGUUGACAAAUAGAAACUAAACCCAAAUGAUGAGAUAUUAUUGUAUCUUCAAAAUGAUAUCUUUAUCUAUGUGCUUUUUGUGCUUUGAAAGCUCUUGAUAAGU